AUGAACUUUGAAGGUCUCGACCCCUCCCUGGCUGAGUAUGCGCCCCCCCUGCACCCUGCGCUGGACCCCGGCCUGGACCCCCACCUGAACCCCAGCCUGCUGCAGAACGUGGAGCUGGACCCCGAGGGGGUGUCCUUGGAGGGCAUCACGGUGCCCGAGUCGGUGCACCUGAUGGAGGGUAUCUACAGCGAGCUGCACACCGCCGUCUCUGAAGUCGGGGUGCCCGUGGCCGUCUCCCAUUUCGACCUGCACGAGGAGAUGCUCUGGGUCGGGAACCACGGGGGCCACGCCACCUCCUUCUUUGGCCCCACGCUGGAGCGAUAUUCCUCCUUCCAAGUGAACAGCAGCGACGACAUCCGCCAGAUCCAGAGCCUGGAGAACGGGGUCCUUUUCCUGACCAAAACCAACCUGAAGUACAUGUCACGAGGGGGCUUGAUCAUCUUUGACUACCUCAUGGACGACUCUGAGGACAUGCACAGUCUCCUGCUGACCGACAGCAGCACCCUGCUCGUUGGCGGGCUGCAGAACCACGUCAUUGAGAUAGACCUCAACACCGUCCAGGAGACGCAGAAGUACACUGUGGAGGUUCCUGGCAUCACCAUCAUGAGGCAAUCA